AUAAUAAACCCUAAAAAUACGUAAACAUAGAGGAAGUGUGGUUGGAACUUGCGGUUCAAUCUGCAUCUGUUCCCCUUCUUUAACAGCAACACCUUUUGUGUUUCUCUCUUCACAUUGUUCCUUCGAUUCAAUUGUUUUUGUACUGUGAAUCAAAACCAAACCUCGUCUCACCUCACAGGUUUAGCGUAAACUUUUCAAGUUUCAUUAUUGAACACUUCGAUGCAGAAAAAUACUGGAGAUAUUACAAGCCACUUACUUGGAGGUUUAUAUUGUUAUAUAAGAAAAUGCUUGUUUGCCAUUUUAUCUGUGGGUCCUGUACCAAAUCAUAUUUCUUUUAUCAUGGAUGGGAAUCGAAGGUACGCAAAGAAGAAAAACAUGCAAGAAGGUGAUGGCCAUAAGGCUGGAUUUUCAGCUCUCCUGUCCAUCCUUAGAUACUGUUAUGAAUUGGGAGUGAAGUAUGUAUCUGUCUAUGCAUUCAGCAUUGAUAAUUUUAGAAGGAAGCCUACAGAGGUUCAAACCUUGAUGGAAUUGAUGCGAGUAAAGAUUGAAGAGUUGCUUCAACAGGAUAGCAUUAUUAAUGAAUAUGGUAUUAGACUACAUUUCAUUGGUGACCUGCGACUAUUGAACGAACCUGUAAGGCUUGCUGCGGAAAAGGCAAUGAGAGUUACUGCCCACAACAAUCAGAGAGUUCUUAUAAUUUGUGUAGCCUAUACUUCAAGUGAUGAGAUUGUGCAUGCUAUUGAAGAAUCCUGCAAGGACAAAUGGAAUGAAGUUCAAGCAUCAAAAGCUGCCAAGGUUUCCAAUGGUGCGUUUGCAAGAAUUGAUCAGGGCCUGAUAAGAAAUGGUUUUGAUUUGCGUUUUCAAGAUUCAUGCGAACCAACCAAAACAAGUAGUAGUGUAACUAAAGGAGUGGGAGGUGCUGGAGAGAAAGAUGGCGUGUUUGAGCAUAAUGUUGGAAAUCAUAAUGGUAAUUACAGUGAAGAUGAAAUCACAUCAUGCAAUGGGGUGGUUGAAAUAACUGAAGAGAGAAAGUAUAAGCAGGGUGAGCUUCCUUCCAUUAAACUGGUAGAUAUUGAGAAGAACAUGUACAUGGCAGUGGCACCUGAUCCAGACAUUUUGAUCAGAACUUCUGGAGAGACUCGUCUCAGCAAUUUUCUUCUUUGGCAGACUUGUACAUGCCCUUUGUAUGCACCAACUGCACUUUGGCCUGAAAUUGGUCUAAGACACUUGGUCUUGGCAGUACUCAACUUUCAGAGACACCAUUUUUACUUGGAAAAGAAAAAGAAACAGUUUUAAUUGUAACCUUAUCAGCCAAAGUUUAGAAUGUAAUUCAUGUGAUGGCAGAUUGCUUUGCUUUUUAGACCAUUUUUAUGUUUUUGUUUAUUUUUCUUUGAUAACAAAUGUUGAAAUUAUGAAGGGGAAUCUUGACACAACUAUUGGUGUUGUUGUCAUGUGAUUCGGAGGUUCGAUUUGGACAACAAAGGUUGAAUUCAUGUAAUCAGCCUCUCUUGUUAUAGACAUGGGUCUGGCUAAACCCUUAUCUCAAUUUGCGCAUAGGAAGUGUUUUGUAGCAUCAUGCUGUUUUAACAAAUGUUGAAAUUACCAAGAUUUGGAUGGAAGUGAAAAGGAGAGUUUUAACAAAAUAUACAUGAAUGUAUGUUGUGUAAAUAAACUGUCAAAAUGGGUCAGUUCGUCCCAUUAGGCCCUAGCCCGUGUGGGUUAGGGCCAAAUAUAGGGCUUGCCCGUGGGCUUCUGCCCAUUUUGACACCUCUAUAUAAAGCUGUAAGGUUUUCUCUGAUGAUGGUAUUCAAACAUCAUCCAUUAAUUUUCUGAAACUCGUGUAUUGAGAUUAUAGUGAUUGUUUCAUGUCUUGUCUUACAUAAUGGGCUUUAUGUCACAAAUGAAAUAACAUAUAUUUUUUAUAAUACGUGUACACAGACAAUGACUGUUGUUUAACUGCUUAUUAAGCAGUUGGCUUCGCUUUAGGUGAAUUAUUUGCCAAUUCUAGGAGAACUGUUAUGUGAGCUGUGAACCAUGCUUCCUUUAUUAAGCUCUCACUUUAUCUAUUUCUAUUCCAGGUACACAUUUCUUUGGCAGGAGACAAGCACAUAAGAGUUACCUGGAUAACUGAUGAUAAACAUUCACCUUCAUUUGUAGAAUAUGGAACAUCAUUACCCGGGAGAUAUGACUCAGUAGCUGAAGGAGAGUGCACCUCUUAUAGUUAUCUGUUAUAUAGCUCAGGAUAGAUACACCAUACUGUAAUUGGGCCUUUGGAAGAUAAUAUCGUGUACUUUUACCGCUGUGGUGGACAAGGUCCUGAGUUCCAGCUCAAAACACCUGCAGCUCAAUUCCCAAUUACUUUUGCAGAGGCUGGGGAUCUUGGUCAAACUGGUUGGACUGAAUCAACGUUGGCUCAUAUUGACCAAUGUAAACAUGAUGUGUACCUGCUUCCAGGAGACCUUCCAUAUGCUGAUUGUAUGCAACAUCUGUGGGAUGCAUUUGGUAAGCUAGUGGAGCCACUUGCUAGUACAAGGCCAUGGAUGGUAACAGAGGGAAACCAUGAAAAGGAGAACAUACCAUUGUUAAAGAAUGGGUUUGCAGCCUAUAAUUCCAGGUGGAAAAUGCCAUUUGAGGAAAGUGGAUCAACUUCAAAUAUCUAAUAUUUUUUUGAAGUUGCAGGUGUUCGCGUUAUCAUG